AUGGCCGUCAACGCCCGAGGAACCAUUCAUCGAACGCUAGACGACGAAUCCGAGGAUAGCAAACAACAGUUGGACAAUGCGGACAAGGGAAUUUGGAAAGAUUGGCCCAAUCAGGCCGCUUUUGAGGGGUUGGAAGAACACCGGGGGCCGCUCCAGCUCCGGGUUAAGGGCACUAUUCCACCGUGGGCUGCCGGCACCUUGUAUCGUACCGGGCCCGGCCAAGCCACGGUCGAAGGCACCUCGAGGGGGACUCAUUACGUGUCUCACUGGUUUGACGGCUUCGCCCACACCCACAAGUUUGACAUCAUCGCCUCGGAGGAUGGAGACGGACCCAUGACGGUUGUCUACUCGUCCCGUCGUCAAUCCGACGAAUACGUCGCAGCCGUCAAGAAGAUGGGAUGGCGGCACAGCAUUUCCUUUGGCCAAAAGGCAGAUCCAUGCGUCGGAAUCUUUGCCAAGUUCAUGAGCUUGUUCGUGCCUCGCCGCUUGAACAACAACGUCGUCGUGCUGCCCAACUUCCCCGGCCUGCCGGACCGGCAACCGGAAAACAUCGCCCGCGGCCACCGAACGGGAACGAGCAAGGUGUACCUCAGCACCGACAACAAGUAUCUGCAGCAGGUCGAUCCGGAUUCGCUCGAGCCUUUGGGCUUUGCCGACCAGGCCGGCCUGCACCCGGAUCUCAAGGGGCCGUUGUCCUGCGCUCACGCGCAGCGAGACCCCGAGACGGGCGAUUGGUUCAACUUCAACGUCGCCCUCGGUGUCAAGCCGACGUACCGCGUCUUCCGCGUCAACGCCGCCACGGGUACCACGGACGUCUUGGCCUCCAUCUCCGAGCCCGACCUUCCUCCGGCCUACAUCCACAGCUUCUUCCUGACGGAAAACUACGUCGUCCUCUGCGUGCCGUCGACGCACUUCGCCUGGAGCGGCCUGAGCAUCGCGUGGCAGAACAAUCUUCUCGAGGCCAUCAAGCCCUUCGACAAGGCGCGACGCUGCAGGUGGUUCGUCAUCGAUCGAAGGCACGCCCGCGGCGUCGUCGCCCGCUUCUCGACCCCUGCCGCCUUCUUCUUCCACUCGGUCAACGCCUUCGAGGAGUGCGUCGCGGGGGGCGCCGGCGGCGAGACGCGGACCUACAUCAACCUCGACCAUUCCAUGUACGACACGUCGGACGUCAUGUUCGGCCUGUACUACGACGUCAUCCUGAACCGCGAAAACGCGACCGAGGCCUACCUCGACGCCAACCGCGACCAGAACCUGCACAGCCGUCAUGUGCGAUACCGCUUCGAGAUGCCCCUGUCGGCCCAGACGAGCCAGGAGGCAGCCUCGGCUGUCGCCGAGGAGGUGCUGUCGAUUCCGAGCCCGCACUCUGGCGAGCUCUCCACCAUCCACCCGAACCACGCCGGAAGGCCGUACCGAUACGCGUACGGCGCGUGCAACCGCGGGCUGAGCACCUUUAUGGAUUCCAUCGUCAAGACGGACCUGCAAACGCGUGAGGCAAGCCUAUGGAGCGGCCCACGGGCCCACACUCCGGGUGAGCCCGUCUUUGUGCCACGCCCCGGUGGGACAGAGGAGGAUGACGGCGUGCUCUUGAGCGUCGUCCUGGACGGCACAGCGCAGGCGUCGUAUCUGCUGUGCCUCGACGCGACGACGAUGGAGGAGAUGGGCAGAGCCGAGGCCGAGUUUCCCAUCGCCAUGAGCUUCCACGGAUUCCACGCGCCGGCCCUAUGA